CAUGUUGAUAGCGUGGCUGUUAUAAAAAGAAUCUGAUUUUAUUUCUGGACAUCAGUCAUCUGAAAUUGCUCAAAGUGUACAAUCCAGCUCAACUGACAACUGAAACAAUGAAGCUCACCAUUGCCAUCAUCGCCCUGGUUCUGGCCAUCAGCGCCGAAGGAUCCCCUGCUCCAUAUGCAAACGAUGUUGUGGCCUAUGCCAACCCAUGGCCCGUGAAGACCAGCACGGUUUGGCCAGCCUACGGUGGAUUGUAUGGCGGUAAGGUCGCUGUGGGUCCAGAAGUCGGCUACGGAAAGUACGCUGCCUACCCGAACGUGUAUGGAAGCUGGCCAGUCUACGGAAAGAGCUGGGGAUACUCUGCUCCGGUUGUUACAAAGGUGGUUGACAACGGUCUGUGGAACUAUGGCGGAUACGGAUAUGGUCAUGGAUACGGUCUGGGAUAUAACAAGUACUGGUUGUAAUGUUUUUAUAUUGAUCCUUAAUAAAAUACCAAUACUGCAAUUUUAGAUUU